AUGAAUAUCAACCGUUUUAGAAAGCAGGAGGAGACCGAUACGAUGACUCGUAUUGCCAUCGUAGAAAAAGAUCGUUGUAAGCCAAAAAAUUGCGGAUUAGCCUGCAAGAAGUCUUGUCCGGUCGUCCGUAUGGGGAAACAGUGCAUCGUUGUUGAGACGCAUUCCAAGAUGGCUGAUAUCUCAGAAGCCUUAUGCAUAGGAUGUGGUAUCUGUGUUAAGAAGUGCCCAUACGACGCUAUUAAAAUUAUUAAUUUGCCCAGUAAUCUUGCGAAAGAUACUACUCAUCGCUACAGUAAAAACUCGUUCAAGCUUCACCGUUUGCCGGUGCCACGCACAGGAGAGGUUCUAGGUUUAGUUGGAACUAAUGGUAUUGGAAAAUCUACAGCCUUGAAAAUCCUUGCAGGCAAAGUAAAACCGAACCUUGGCAAGUACGAGGCGCCACCGGAUUGGCCUACGAUACUUACUUAUUUUCGAGGCUCGGAAUUACAGAAUUACUUUACAAAAAUAUUGGAAGAUAAUCUUAAAGCCAUUGUUAAGCCACAGUACGUCGAUCAGAUAGCCAGGGCUGUAAAAGGGAAAGUCAUUGAUCUCUUAAAGAAGAAGUGUGACCGUGAAAAUCUAGAGGAUGUUCUGCGUGAGUUAGAGUUGGAAUCGGUGAAGGACCGUAUGGUUGACCAGCUAUCAGGUGGUGAAUUACAGCGAUUUGCUAUUGCUAUGUGUCUUGUACAAAAAGCUGAUGUUUACAUGUUUGAUGAACCAUCUAGUUAUUUGGAUGUAAAACAAAGGUUGAAAGCUGCCAAGAUGAUAAGAGAUCUUGUUGACGCGCACAACUACGUCAUUGUUGUUGAGCAUGACUUAGCUAUACUUGAUUAUCUUUCUGACUACGUUUGCUGUCUUUAUGGAGUUCCUGGAGCUUAUGGUGUAGUGACACUUCCUUCAGGAGUUCGUGAAGGUAUUAACAUUUUCUUGGAUGGUUUUAUUCCUACUGAGAACAUGCGGUUUAGAGACUCACAGCUAUCUUUUAAAGUCACUGAUCAGUUAGAUAAGGAAGUAGUGAAACGACUUGCUCAUUAUCAGUAUCCUUCACUAACUAAAACUAUGGAAAAUUUCCAUCUAACCGUAGAAGGAGGGGAAUUCACAGAUUCCGAAAUAAUCGUUUUACUGGGUGAAAAUGGAACGGGAAAGACUACUUUAAUUAGGAUAUUAGCUGGAAUAUUAAAAGUGGACGAUGAAACGUUGGAGAUGCCGAGGCUGAAUAUCUCAUACAAGCCUCAAAAAAUUAGUCCAAAAUCAACAACUACUGUUCGGUACAUGUUGCAUGAGAAAAUCCCUGACAUGUACCAGCAUCCGCAAUUCAAAACCGACGUUAUGAAUCCCCUUAUGAUAGAAAAUCUUUUUGAUCAGGAGGUCCAAAAUUUGUCUGGAGGAGAGCUGCAACGAGUUGCAUUGGCGUUGUGUCUUGGAAAGGCAGCUGAUGUAUAUCUUAUUGACGAACCAAGUGCAUACUUAGAUGCUGAACAACGUCUGGUUGCUGCAAAAGUUAUUAAGAGGUUUAUACUGCACGCAAAAAAGACUGCAUUUAUUGUGGAGCAUGACUUUAUUAUGGCAACAUAUCUUGCUGAUCGUGUUAUUAAUUUUGAAGGUACUCCCUCAGUUGCUGCAGCAGCGUCCAAACCACAAUCUCUCGUUGUCGGAAUGAAUAGGUUUUUAAAACAAGUUGACGUCACCUACAGGCGGGACAAAGAUAACUAUCGUCCUCGUAUUAAUAAAAAGGAUUCUGUGAAAGAUAUGGAGCAAAAGAGAAGUGGGAAUUUCUUCUUUUUGGAUGCGGAUUAA